AUGGAGGACCCGGGGGCCCCGGGGGCCGGGAGCCCGCCCGCCAAUGGCAACGGCAACGGCGGCGGCAAAGGGAAGCAGGCGGCGGCCAAGGGCCGGGAAGUGUUCCGAAGCCAGCGGCGGGAGUCGGAGGGCUCCGUGGACUGCCCCACUCUGGAAUUUGAGUAUGGAGAUGCAGACGGGCAUGCAGCAGAGUUGUCAGAAUUGUACAGCUACACUGAGAACCUGGAAUUCACCACUAACAGGAGGUGCUUUGAAGAAGAUUUCAAGACUCAAGUACAGGGCAAGGAGUGGCUGGAGUUGGAGGAAGACGCCCAGAAGACCUAUGUGAUGGGGCUCCUGGACCGCCUGGAGGUGGUCAGUAGAGAGCGGCGGCUGAAGGUGGCCCGAGCUGUUCUCUACCUGGCCCAAGGCACCUUUGGGGAAUGUGAUUCAGAGGUCGAUGUGCUACACUGGUCCAGAUACAACUGCUUCCUGCUCUACCAGAUGGGGACCUUCUCAGCCUUCCUGGAGCUCCUCCACAUGGAAAUCGACAACAGCCAGGCCUGUAGCACUGCUGUUCGAAAACCAGCCAUCUCCAUUGCUGAUAGCACAGAGCUCCGGGUGCUGCUGAGUGUCCUGUACCUACUGGUGGAAAAUAUCCGCCUGGAGCGAGAAACAGACUCCUGUGGGUGGAGGACGGCCAGAGAGACCUUCCGCACUGAACUGAGCUUCUCCAUGCAUAAUGAGGAGCCUUUUGCCCUUCUGCUUUUCUCCAUGGUUACCAAGUUCUGUAGUGGCCUAGCUCCCCACUUCCCCAUAAAGAAGGUCCUGCUUCUGCUCUGGAAGGUGGUCAUGUUCACCCUCGGUGGAUUUGAGCAUCUACAGGCUCUCAAAGUACAGAAGCGGGCAGAACUGGGUCUGCCGCCACUGGCAGAGGACAGUAUCCAGGUGGUGAAGAGCAUGCGUGCUGCCUCCCCGCCCUCUUACACUCUGGACCUGGGGGAAUCUCAGCUGGCACCACCACCUUCCAAGUUGCGAGGCCGCCGUGGUUCUAGAAGGCAACUCCUUACUAAGCAGGACAGCCUGGACAUUUACAAUGAAAGAGAUCUCUUUAAGACUGAGGAACCAGCCACAGAAGAGGAAGAGGAGUCUGCUGGCGAUGGAGAACGAACCUUGGACGGAGAGUUAGACCUGCUAGAACAGGACCCUCUGGUACCACCUCCACUUUCACAGGCACCCCUCUCCGCUGAGCGGAUGGCUUUUCCCAAGGGCCUACCCUGGGCCCCAAAGGUCAGACAGAAGGACAUUGAGCACUUCUUGGAGCUAAGCAGGAACAAGUUCAUCGGAUUCACUCUGGGGCAGGACACAGAUACCUUGGUUGGAUUACCCAGGCCCAUCCAUGAGAGUGUGAAGACCCUAAAGCAGCACAAAUACAUCUCCAUCGCAGAUGUUCAGAUCAAGAAUGAGGAGGAGCUGGAGAAGUGCCCCAUGUCUCUGGGGGAAGAGGUUGUACCAGAGACGCCAUGUGAAAUCCUCUACCAGGGCAUGCUGUACAGCCUCCCCCAGUACAUGAUUGCUCUGCUUAAGAUUCUGCUGGCUGCAGCUCCCACCUCCAAGGCUAAGACAGACUCUAUCAAUAUUCUGGCAGAUGUCCUGCCUGAGGAGAUGCCUGUCACUGUUCUCCAGAGCAUGAAGCUGGGCAUCGACGUGAACAGGCACAAGGAGAUCAUUGUGAAGAGUAUUUCCGCCCUGCUGCUGCUGCUCCUCAAGCACUUCAAACUGAACCACAUCUACCAGUUUGAAUAUGUAUCACAACAUUUGGUAUUUGCCAACUGCAUUCCAUUGAUCCUGAAAUUCUUCAAUCAAAAUAUUUUGUCCUACAUCACUGCUAAAAACAGCAUCUCGGUCCUGGAUUACCCUUGCUGUACCAUCCAGGAUUUGCCAGAACUGACUACGGAGAGUCUGGAAGCUGGAGACAACAACCAGUUCUGCUGGAGGAACCUCUUUUCCUGCAUCAACCUUCUGAGGCUGCUCAAUAAGCUGACCAAAUGGAAGCAUUCCAGAACCAUGAUGCUGGUGGUGUUUAAAUCUGCUCCAAUCUUAAAGCGGGCCCUCAAGGUUAAGCAGGCCAUGCUGCAACUCUAUGUCCUGAAGCUGCUAAAAAUACAGACCAAGUACCUGGGGCGCCAGUGGAGGAAAAGCAACAUGAAGACCAUGUCGGCCAUUUACCAGAAAGUGCGCCACCGCAUGAAUGACGACUGGGCUUACGGGAACGACAUCGAUGCCAGGCCAUGGGACUUCCAAGCAGAAGAAUGCACCCUGAGGGCCAACAUCGAGGCUUUUAACAGCCGCCGAUAUGACAGACCUCAGGACUCUGAGUUUUCACCUGUGGAUAACUGCCUGCAGAGUGUGCUGGGUCAGAGGCUGGAUCUGCCUGAGGAUUUCCACUGUUCAUAUGAGAUCUGGCUGGAAAGAGAGGUGUUUUCACAGCCCAUCUGUUGGGAAGAGCUGCUCCAGAAUCACUAA